CGUUCUGCCACAUUUUUGGAAUUAUCCUAUUAUGACCGUGGAAAGUAAUAGUGAGCUUCCAUCAGCCUUUUCACAGAAGGAACACAACAUUAUCGCAGCAUACUUGAUUGCAGCAGGUAGCAGAUUAACUACUCACAACUACAUUGCCCUGAUUUUUGCUGCCUGGACCAAUGCAGUCUUUUGGGCCUCCAUGCCUGUGGUAGGAUGGGCAAGCUAUGCUCCAGAUCCAACUGGAGCUACGUGUACCAUAAACUGGAGACAAAAUGACACAUCCUUUGUUUCUUACACUAUGUCAGUAAUUGCUGUUAAUUUUGUCGUCCCCUUAUCCAUCAUGUUUUACUGUUACUACAAUAUUUCUCAAACUUUGAAGCAAUAUGCCAGGAACACUUAUAUAGAAAGCAUCGAGGUAGAUUGGUCAGAUCAAGUUGAUGUUACAAAGAUGUCUGUUGUCAUGAUUUUGAUGUUUCUGUUGGCUUGGUCUCCAUAUUCUAUUGUGUGUUUAUGGUCUGCAUUUGGAGACCCAGAAAAAAUCCCCCCCACAAUGGCAAUCAUAGCCCCACUGUUUGCAAAGUCAUCUACCUUCUAUAAUCCCUGCAUUUAUGUGAUCGCAAACAAAAACAGUCUUGCUUUCAAGAUGGAUAUAACUUCACUACUAAUGCUUUCCUCCUUUGACACAAUAAAGAACUAG